CAUGCGCACUUCUCAGUCUGUCAGACAGCAGCAGCCAGUAAACAUGGCUGGUGUUGGUUUCCGACGGUGGGCCCAAGCCCUUUCAAAGGGGAGAGUUUAUGGCAUUUCAGGCGCAUUGUCGGGUGCUAGAGCAGCCUCUGCUGCGUCAAAGGAUACUCUGCCUGGUCCAUAUCCGAGGACUCCUGAGGAGAAAGCUGCUGCUGCAAAGAAGUACAACUUGAGGGUUGAGGACUAUGAACCAUAUCCUGACAACGGCGAGGGAUAUGGAGACUAUCCUAAGCUACCAGACAGGGCUCAACAAGAGAGAGACCCCUGGUACAAGUGGGACCACCCUGACCUGAGGAGGAACUGGGGAGAGCCGAUGCACUGGCACUUCGACAUGUUCAUCAGGAACCGUGUGGAUACUUCUCCCAGCCCCGUGUCCUGGUCCACUAUGUGCAAACAGCUGUUUGGUUUCGUCGGCUUCAUGCUGUUCAUGUUCUAUCUUGGGGAGGUAUUUCCAGCUUACCAGCCUGUGGCACCGAAACAGUACCCCUACAACAACUUGUACCUGGAAAGGGGAGGAGAUCCUGAAAAACAACCAGAAGAAGUCAAAAAUUAUGAAAUUUAACAACUUUAACCUGAUUCUACCUGUGUAAAUAUAUAUUUCUGUCAAGAAUAAAGAUGUUAACAGUUGAAAUUCUCACUGUGUUUUGUUGUAUGUAGAAAUGCUUUCAUCCAGAAAAUCUGAUUUAUUUGAAAUUAUUAAAGUAAAUAUUGAAAUCGCUUUAUAAA